AUGGAUUUGAGACAAAUCAAGGGAAAUCUGGGCCUCAAGAGUUCUGCCUUGGCCCCCACAGCCUGCAAGUUAUCCUCCCAGUUUCUGGUGCUGGAUCACAUGAACAACCACUACACCAAGAUAGUCAAGGCUAAAUCUGCAAUAGACUCCAGGCCUCCCAAGAGUCUGAUGGCAAGCCAGAAAAUGCGAGACAGGAUGAACCGUAGUCGCUUUCUUGGAAGUUCUCAGCCUCGUUCACGCUCAUCCAGGUCUGGGACAGUCUUGUCUGAUUAUGAAGAUGUGUUAAAGGAUGAACCAGAAGAUGAAGAGGAGAAGCUAGUUCAUUCCAUCAUGAGAUCAACACUCUUAGACAAGUCCAGAACCAGCAACAAUGCCACAUACGGUGCAGAACUACACAUGGACCCGUACUAUGAACAUAUGUCCACUAACAUACAUGAAACCUCACCCUACGGCGCAGUCAUGUAUGACCAUCCUCCUUCAGUCCAUUCCGUUAGAUCUGGCCACUCACUGACCAGCUCACCUUCUCGAGUAGCCUUGGCCACCAGUCUCUGGUCAAGAGAACUUGUAUUGGAGAUGUGCUAG